ACAAUAUGAACUUUUAAAUUUUGGCACUAAUACACCCUCGGCCCCUUGGCCGCCUCCCUCCCUGCCCCUUCGCCCUUCUUGGCUUCUCGCCCUUCUCGGAUCCUCAGAUCUCAGUCAUCCUUCUGGUGCAGACCGUGUUUUCCGUCCGUGCAGUGGUGCGUCGUGAGGCUUCAGUCUUCAGUGCGGACUCGCCGGACUGCCUCACCGCUUCAGCCUUCAGAGUUCCUGGCUUCAGUGGAGCUUAGCAAUAACAGAAUUCGUGUACAGCCAUGGAGGUGGAAGAUGAAGUGGUUGGUUCUCUGGAGAAAUCAGAGCUAUCUAGGAAGUCUAAGAAACGGAAGGAGAAUAUCAAUGAUAUUGCAGCUGCCAAUCCUAUUCAUAGUGUGAAGGAUGUGGGAGUUAAGGAACAUACAAGCAUUGAGAAGGGAAGUAUGAAAAAAAUGAAGCGUGACAACGACGGUGUUACGAAAACGAAGAAAACUGCAAGAGAUGAUGCAGGCAUAACGCUUUCUGAUGAUACUAAUGGGGUUGCCUUUAUGAAAACAGAAAAGAGGAAAAGGAAGAAAGCUGCAACAGAUGAUGCAGGGGUAGUACUUUCUGAUGAUACUAAUGGAGUUACUCUCAAGAAAACAGAAAAGAGGAAAAGAAAGAGGGGAGUUGAAAUUAGUGAAAAAAAGAUUCAAGAGAACAACAGGAAAGAUGAGCAGAUGGUAGGAACAGUAGCUGGUGAUGACUAUGAAAAGGUCAAAAAGAAGAAGAAAAAGAACAAGACUCAAAAGACGGAGGAUGACUAUGGAUCUCAUGAAGUCAUAGCUGAUACUAAGGCUCCUGAAAGUAAUAGGAAAAAUGAGGGCAAAGUGGACAAGGUCAAGAAGAAGAAGAAGAAGAAGAACAAGAAAAAGAAGAGGGGUCAUGAUGUGGGAUCAUUAGAUGGAGAAAGAGAUGGUAAUAUUAAUGGAAAACAGGUAAACAAUAAUAGUUCUAAAGGAAAUAAACAGAAAAGUAGCAAGAAGAAUGUGACCUUUUCCAGUGAGGUGGAGGUAUUUCCUGCGUCUAAUUUUUCUGAGGGUGGGGAUGAUCAAAAUGAAGAAGUGCAGCUGGUUCGAGGUAAGCGGUUCUCUAAAGAAGAAGAUCAGAUAAUUAGACAAGCUGUUUAUAACUAUAUUGAGAUGCAUGAUCUUGGGGAGGAAGGAUUGCAUAUGGUGUUAAACAGUAAGUCUUACCCUGAAGUAAGACACUGUUGGAAGAAUAUAGCAGCUGCCAUACCUUAUCGCCCUUUAGAAGCUGUGUAUUGUCGUACCCAAGUCCUAUUCCGGAGAAUUGAAAACCACAAAUGGAGCAAAGAAGAGAAGGAACUGAUACUAAAACAUCAGAAAUUAAAAGGGAAUCAGUGGAAAGAAAUCGCUGAUACACUUGGGACACAUAGGUUUCACGUGAAGGAUUUAUGGCGCAGAAUACACUUGCCUAACCUGAAGAGAGGACAGUGGUCUCAGGAUGAGUACCAGAACUUGUUUGACUUAGUCAACAAAGAUCUGCAAUUGAGGAUUUCAGAAGAAAAGAAAUCCAAGCAUGGUAUGCUACGAGACAAUGUGGCUUGGACUGCAAUUAGUAAUAAGUUAUCCACACGCAGUGAUUCGAUUUGCUGUGUGAAGUGGUACAGCCAGCUGUCAUCACCUAUGGUGGCUGAAGGGAUAUGGGCAGACACUGAUGAUUUUCGUAUGAUUGAUGCACUUUAUCGAAUGGAUGCUACAUGUGUGGAUAAUGUGGACUGGGAUAAUCUUCUGGAACAUAGGCCUGGAGAAAUAUGUUUGAAGCGUUGGAGGCAAAUGGUUCUUCACAUUGGGAGCUAUGCGAGCAAAUCCUUUUCAGAACAAGUUGAAGUGCUAGCUAAUAGGUACUGUCCUUCCUUAAUUGAAGCAAGAGAGAUUUGGGAUAACAAGCCUGUUGUGUCGUGAGUGUGUCAACACCUUAAUGUUAUAUACCAUGAAAAUCUUAAUGAAUAUAUUUUGCAUAUAUGACAUUCCCCACUGCUUGUUAGUUUUCCUUGACCAUGAAAGAUUAAUAUCGAGUGUCAUUUUGUUGUUGUUGAUGGUUGUACUGUAGUGUUGCUCAGUUUCUGUUUAUUUACGUUCAAAAGCACAUUCGUAGUUGCAAGUUAAAAACUCAAAAUAGCUACUGCUUAACUUGGUAAUAUUUAAUGCUAUUCUAGCUUAUCUUGACACUAGAUCAGUGGCUGAUGCCGG